UGAAGAUAUGCAUCGUGGCGCCAAAUAGAACACACCCGUAAGACACUCAUUGCCUUCCAAUCUGCAUUUCCCGCGAUUUCAAUUUGUUUUAAUUUCCCCCCGAAAAUCCCAAUUCUCUUUUCUCCUUUCGAUCAACCGUACAUCGAUUUCGACAUUUCGUGCAUUUUCUCUCAAUCCCCAGACGCCGGAAAACCAUACGAGAGUAACAAUUAUGUAACUUUCACCGCAUCCACUACUUUUACGGUAAUUAAAUUGUGGCAUUUGGGCAAUUGAGAAAAACUUUAUGCUAAUUCUAAGGUACUUUCAUCUUUCUUAAAAAGAUUCCUUUUUUCUCUUAAACAUUUCAAGCUUUUUUGUGUAAAUUUGCAACAGAAUCCCUAUAUCAUCGUUUUUCCUUAUUUCUUUUGGACAUUUUGUUGGAAAUACGUUGAUAUAGGUUCUGCGAGGCAGACAAUGGUUGCCGGAGCUGCUUCCGGCAAAACCAACCAAAGGCGAAAUCUUCCGAGUGCAGGGAAUGGUGCAAUCUAAAUGGCUAUCUAAAGGAUAACUCCUUUCUGUGUUUAUCAAACAGAAAUGGACCAUGGAGGUGAAGUUAAUUCUUCAAAACCUCCCCUCUCACCACUACAAUCGUCAUCAUCAUCGUCAUCGUCGUCGACAUCAAGAAGUUCUCACGGUUUCUCCCAAACAAAUCCAGAAGAAACACAGGCAACUUUUUCAUUUGAUAAAGCUCUGAAUGACAUCAAUGAAAGGCAUAGAAACUAUUCCAUACCGGGAAAAGCACUGUUUGCAUCUUCAAAUUCUACUUCAGAGGUUUCAGAUGAAACUAUGCUGCAGAAAUGGGCCCCAAUGCAGUCUCCUCCAGUUCAGGUCAUGGAAAGUCCUGCAGACUUUAACGACUCCAAUACAGUUUCUUUAUCAAAUUUAACAAGCGACCCCUCAACUCCAGACUCUUCUUUCUCAUUUGAACCUUGGAGUGAAUGUAAAAAAUUGGAUACAUCUAUCAGUUCUGCCUCAAAGGAUUCAGAACAUUCGUCAACCAUGGAAAAUCCAGCUGGAGGCUUUGAUACCCAUCAUGGACCACCCUCUUCGAUUUUCAGGAGCAAGUCAUCUACACCCACAGAUUGGAGUACUGCUUCCAAUGAAUCAUUGUUUAGUAUCCAAAUUGGAAACCAUAGCUUUUCUGGAGAUAUAUUUUUCAGGUCUGGGGAACUUGACACAUAUGGAGUAGAACAUGUGAGAUAUGGGCAUAUGUGCCCCUUGACUUCAGUAGGUGGAGAUGAUAACAAUGGUUGCCCACAAAAGGGUGUCCACAAUGUAGUACCUCUAGGACCAGGUGCAAAUGGUCAUACUUCUAGCAGUUUUGUUGCUCAUCCAGUGUGAGUGACAUACCUUACCCUUCUUUGUUUGGCUUGUGUGAACUACUGUCUUUGAGUUAAUCUUUGAUUAAAUAUGACUACACACAUUUAGAGGGAAAGUUAGAAACACAUAUAUAGUUGGUUAUAACCCGUUUGGUAAGGUUGAAGUAAUUUUGGAUUAGCUAACAUUAUUGAAGCUGUGGCUUAAUUAUCUUAAUAAUUAGUAAUUAUUGUAUCAUAAAUCGAUAUAUAAAUAAAUUAAAAUAACUCAUACUCUCUACAUUCCGUAAUUUUCUUCCCACUUUUCAUUUAGUGAUCUCAAGUUUUUCUUCGUAUAUCCUUUUAAGGGUAGAUUUGUGUGGUUGGUAUGGUUUCUCUCCUUUUUAGAUCAAACACAAUUAUACAAUUUUACUUUUUUAAUAAAUGUGCCAAGUCAAAGUAGGAUUAAUAUAUUGGAAUUGGAGUACAUGAAGAUAUAGGUAAAGAGUCAUUUGUUUUAUUUCGCCCAAACAAACUUGUGCACAACUUUUUUCAGUUAUUCAGCUAGAAUAUCUAAACAAGGUUAGGUUUUGGUAGAAAAUACAAGCAGAAAAAAUCUAUCUUGCCAAACAGGCACUUAAUGUGAUUACCUGCUAGUUUUCUCAAACAUCCUUUUCUAUGGGUAAGGAAUGGGAACUCUAUGUAUUGCAGAGCAAAGAAGCCUGAACCAACAAGGUGCCAAUACUGCUGUGCUGGUUGGACAUGUGACCAUUGCCGCUGCUUAAGGAAAAGACAUAGCACUAUUUGCUCAGGCUGCUCAUGUGCAUGCUUAAGUUGUUGGCGUUGCUCUUGUAAACGGUUGAGCUGGUUAUGUUUCCCAUGUAAAUGGUUGAGCCGAUUAUCUUUCUCUUGUAAAUGGUUGAGCCGGUUAUCUUUCUCUUGUCAUUGUCUACGUUGCCACUGGUUUAAACUGCCAAGAUGCCCAUGCAGCUGCUGCUGUGGAUGGCCCUUCUCAGGCUGCCACUGCUGCAAACUACCAAAGUGUCACUGCUGUUUAAGUUGCCACUGCUGUAAACAACCAAAGUCUUGUUGUUGCUGCAAUGAAUUGCCCUGCUUAAAUUGUUACUGCUGCGAGUCAAUCACAUGUUCUUGCCUCUCCUUGAAGUGCCCUAUCUGGAGAAGCUGUCUUUGCCACGGCUCUCGCCUUCUCCAUCUUUGAUAAUUGUGUGAUGAUCAUGGUACUUUGAGAAUCUCAUGAAGCAUUGUCUUCUGUAGGUUUUCAGUGUGACAAAAGAUGGGAGCUUGAAGUGGACUUCACUUUUCACUAACUUAUGGGGUUUUCUUGUCAUACUUACGUACAUAAUAAUUACAUAUAUAUGUAAUAUUUUCCAAAGAGGUGUUUUCAUAGAGUUGUUCACUUAGGCAACUAUCUUGUAACUAAACAUUUACAUUUUAAUUUUGCCCUUUUCUUUUGCCACGUUUGAACCUGUUCGAGAUUGAUUAUGAAAUCAAAU